AUGCAAAACACCCCUCGGACUCCGAGCCGGGGUGCGACUACCAACAGCUUGAGCCGGCGCGUUCAACUCCAUUACAGCCGCAGCGAACACCAGCGUCGCCUUGGACUUCAGUACGCCAACUCCAUCAAAAGCCCGAGUCAAGCCCGCCUUCCUCGAGCCGCCCGCUACUACACCGCCCGCUUCGUCGGCAUGAGCGAGCGCCAUGACGCGGGGCCCGAUGCGUUGCUCUCGGACGCGCAGGAAGCGCGGCUGCAGAUUGUCGGGUACUUGUCUAGCGCGCUGUCGCUCUCUGGGACGCUCUACGUGCUCGCGCACUUCGGUUACCUGCAAUGGUGCAAACCGCGACGACUCGAGACCUUCACUCUGCAGCAGCUGCCUGUCCAGUUCCAGCGGCGUCCGCGCAGCCGCGUGGACUUCAUGGACAAACUCGUGCUUGUACUGGCGCUCUUCGAUCUCGUUACUAUUGCAGCACGUGCCGUCGGGCGCAGUGUCGUGCAUAACUACGCUCUCUGUCGAGCUCAAGCGGCCAUCACACAGGCGGGAAACCUUGCCAGUUGCAUCUGGAUCUGCUGUAUGGCCUUCAAUCUCUACCGCUGGAUCGCAGGAGGCGAGUCGGACGCCACACGACAAAGAAGAUUUCCUUUAUUCUUGGCUGUCGCAGUGGUUCCAGGAGCAGGCUUCGUCGUCUUCCACCUCAUGACAAACAAAUACGGCGACGCGACGUUCUACUGCUGGUUUGACGAGAUCCGCUACAUGUUUCUCAACUUCUAUCUCUUCUAUCUACUCAUGAUUGUAUUCAACUUCGUGCUACUUGCGCUUAUCCACUUUAACAUGAAGCAGCGAGUGGCAAGCAGACAUGAUACAGUGGAGGCCGAUACGUCGUCCAUGCUGAUUCGUCGCAAGUUGCUGCUCUACAUUCUCGUUUUUAUUGCUCAUCGCACGCCAAUGAUGAUCUACCGCAGUAAACGUACCAAGGAGGUACCACCGCCGCGCGAGUGUGAGGCCGAGAGCGUUUCGUCGCCAACUGAAAGCAUUAUGGGUGGCUACGCUGUCAAGAAGCGUCCUACCGUCACAGAGGACGAGCACGACUCCAUAGCCCGUCCGUCUGCGAGGAUCGGAACUGCCUUGACGCAAGCAGGUCGUAAGAUUUCGUGUGAGUCGGACAGUGGAGAGUCCAGUGUGGAUAAGUGUGUUCAUCCUCGCAAAGCCCAGGAAGAUCACAACUACAGCUGUCGCACCUGGCACCAACGACUGCAAAAGCGCUUCUCGUUGCACUAUCCAACUCAAUCGUCUGCCCCAGUAGAGCCCAAGAAAAUUGCCAUCUUUGCGUCCACCUUCAACAUGGGCGAGAAAGAUGUCAAUGAAAGUGAACUGCGUGAGUGGAUUCCAUUAGGACAAGAUGUUUAUGUGAUCGGUGCUCAAGAGUGCAUGGAUCUAGCAGACUUACAGAUCAAGAUCUUACGUCAUCUUGUCUCAGGGUCUACUAGCAAGUACGUGCACUACUCGCGCGAGAUCGGCAAGCGAGCUACCGCGUUGGGUUAUCAUGGCUACAUUGCGCUCUGCAUUUUUGUACGAGCGACAGCUGUAGCGUCAGGCCGCUUCCGUAUGCCUCAUAGACAGAGCAGCAACAAGAACGCUCAAGAAGUAUUUCGCGGCAAGUCCUUGCUCCUGUUUGGCCGCGCAUCCAACAAAGGAGCUGUUGGCAUGUCGUUCCGCUUCGACGAUACGUCGUUUGCGUUCGUAACAUGCCACUUGGCAUCCGAUUCCUCAAGUUUAAAACGAGCCAAGCGCAAGAAAAGCUCCAACGCAAUCUUGAAAUGUGGCGACAGUUCCGGAGACUUCAGCUACAGCGGAAAAUCGCGGAGAAGUGGCGGAGACAGCGGUGGCAGCAAAACUUCAGUAUUUGAUGGACUGACAAUAGAGGCACAUCAGCCGCCGUCGAAAGUGGAGCGACGCAACCGAGACGCGAUGGAAAUCCUGCAGCAGCUGUACUUGGACGAAGAGGACUAUGGCUUUGGGUUUCCGCAUCUACACCACCACAGUUUUAUUCUGGGAGAUCUCAACUAUCGCAUGACACGCAAAGCAACGACACCGAUGGACAUGCUCGACCUCCUUGUGAAUGCCGGGACGGAGCAUCAUCAUCCGUCCGAAGAUGUUUACACCAUGGUAUUGUCGUCACCAUCUUCUCCAGCGAUCCUUCAAACAUCGGAUGAAGGAGACUUUCGACAAUGUAUAACGCCCAAAGAGCAGAGUCCAACACCAGUCGUGACAGCACGAAGAAACCACCGGUACGCCAGGGGACGUGCACGUACAUCAAUAAGCAAUAGCGGCAGUAGUUCGGCACCGUUCCUACUACGAACACUGGUCGAAGAACACGACGAACUGUACCAGUUGUGCCGCUCUCAACAGCUUUUCCACGGCUUUCAGGAAAGCGAGAUCACUUUCUUCCCAACGUUUCGCCGUAUUCGAGGACAAGCUCUGCGAGACCCACUUGAUGCGAUCUCCUUUCAGCAGAAUUACUCACUUGUAGCCACUCACGGUGGCUACCGCGUACCAUCCUACACAGAUCGUAUACUUUACAGCUCGCUAGCUGGAAUGAGGGACUCACUGCGCUGCUUAUCUUACGAUUCUUGUGAGGCUGUGACCUCGUCGGACCACAAGCCAGUAUCAGCCUGCUUCGAGGUGGCGUUGUUGACUUCACCUCAGAAAGCUUCUCCAGCAGCCCUAUUAGCAGAGGACUCUCAAUGGAACGCGAACUCGACAGACGCCAACCCAAUGAUCCUUCGCACUGAUCGUACUCUGUCAUCUGCACGGAUGAAAGACGUCCCUGGUGCGUGCGAACUCCGUAUACGGAUCGAAUUUCGCUCUAUUCAUUGGAUCGAUGCACUCGACUCGGCGCUAUUCGAUCGUGCUGAGCACGUGGAAUUUGGCUUUCUGUUCCCACUGCCAUGUGAAGAUGUAUUUGCGCAUCAACGUAAACUGCAUGAAGUAGCAGAGCACUUGACGUUUGGCGGGACUGAUAGCGGCAACUCGGGUGGCAUGGGGUUUGCCUCGACCAUGACGCCCACCUCCAAUUUCCACACCCUAAAGUGGCACGAGUUCGUUAAUGGUGGUCUACGAUACCACACCAUGGCAGGUGCAUUAGGUCGCAAGCACGUCGCUGUGGUGCUUCGCUCAUUACGUCGAGGACGCACAUUGUCCAAGACGUCGUCCGCUUCACGGUUACUUGGCGGUAGCUGCUCGUUGUCUCCGCACACGAGCAAUAACUCGAUCGCCUCCACGUGCUCCCCGACACCACACAACAGCUCGCUCAUCACCACUUGA